AUGGAGAGAGGGACGGAGAGAGGGACGGAGAGAGGGACGGAGAGAGGGACGGAGAGGGAGACGGAGAGGGAGACGGAGAGAAGGACGGAGAAGGAGACGAGGGAGCAGGAAGGGAUAAGGGAUGGAGCCCCGGACAACGGGGCCCUAGAUUCAGGGUCCCCUACACGGCAAGGAACCUCGGGACCCCCAGGGGCCUCGUCUCCCUCCUCCCACAAGAUGGGCUUCUCCUACAACCGUGAUGCUGACCUCAUCAAGAAGAAGAGGGCCAGCCUCCGUCACUCUGAGUCUGAGACCGCCUCCGACUGCAGCAACCCCACCCCUGACAACCACGCUGACACGCCCACUAAACAGGAGCCAACGCCCGUCCCCAGAUCCCCAGUGGAAAAGAAGGUGCAGUCUCGGCAGGAGGAGCUGAAGGAAAGAGCCAGGCUUCUCCUGGAGCAGGCCCGGCGGGAUGCUGCCAUGAAGGCCGGCAGCAAGCACACAGCCAGUUCAACUAACUCAGCCCCAGUUAAAACACCACAAGUCACUGACGAGAGAGACGUGGAGCGCCGGAGGCAGCUGAGGGAGAGGGCCAGACAGCUCAUCGCCGAGGCUCGCUCUGGGGUCAAGAUCACAGAGAUGCCCCUUUACGACACGACCGCUGACCGAGGGAGAGGCAAAACCACCCCUACUGGAGGUUAGACACACACACACACACACACACACACACAUGUUUAAAGCCAGCCGCUAACACACUUGCAUAGACACGUGUCCAGCUGGUUGACAUUUCAAACAAAUGAAGAACACGGUUUUUAAGUCAAUCUGUUUUUCCUUUUAAAUUGUCUUUCUACAUCAGUGUGUUUUAAACAUCCCAGGAUGCUGUGUUUCUCUGGAGGACAUCUGUGCUGCAUUUAACCACAAGGAAAUUACACAUGAAUGUUGCCACCCACACACACACACAAAUACACACACACACACACACACACACACACACACACACACACAAGUAAAUUGUAAGCUGAAAGCACUCACUGGUGGAGACAUUUCCAUUAGUCCUUCUCUCUAAGGGCUAUCGCUAAUCCCCCAAAAUGCAUCAGGAAAAAACAAACGCCAUUUGAUCACUACUGUAGGUCUCCAAACACACUCACACGCAGCCCUGUGAUUACAGCUCAGAUUGGUUUCGCUUUCCUCUCCUUUAUUCAGCUGUAAUUAUUGGUUAAUCAACGGUGCUCUUGGUGUGGCUGAGUUACCUUUCAGGAGAGAAACAAAAAACUCAUUUAUAAUCAUAGCUAUCGAGUCUGAAAUUCAACGCUGUGUGAAUUCCCCGUCCUGCGGUUUUCCAUUCCAUCGUAAGUAGACGUUGUUACGGUAACGACCAUUAUUACGCCUGUAGAUAUUUGUUUUCAAUCGUCUCCCCGUUUAUGACUCCUCUUGUCUGGUCGUCGGGGUGAAAUGUAAUGGCUGCGGUGCACAGGAGGGGAACAGACGACCCACGUGACUGGGCAGCAUAGGAGGGGAACAGACGACGACCCACGUGACUGGGCAGCAUAGGGAAGGAACAGACAGCGACCCACGUGACUGGACAGCAUAAGGAAGGAACAGACGACGACCCACGUGACUGGGCAGCACAGGAGGGGAACAGACGACCCACGUGACUGGGCAGCACAGGAGGGGAACAGACGACGACCCACGUGACUGGGCAGCAUAGGAGGGGAACAGACGACGACCCACGUGACUGGGCAGCAUAGGAGGGGAACAGACGACGACCCACGUGACUGGGCAGCACAGGAGGGGAACAGACGACGACCCACGUGACUGGGCAGCACAGGAGGGGAACAGACGACGACCCACGUGACUGGGCAGCACAGGAGGGGAACAGACGACGACCCACGUGACUGGGCAGCAUAGGGAAGGAACAGACAGCGACCCACGUGACUGGACAGCAUAAGGAAGGAACAGACGACGACCCACGUGACUGGGCAGCACAGGAGGGGAACAGACGACCCACGUGACUGGGCAGCUUAAGGAAGGAACGACGACCCACGUGACUGGGCAGCACAGGAAGGGAACAGACGACCCACAUGACUGGGCAGCAUAGUGAAGGAACAGACAGCGACCCACGUGACUGGGCAGCAUAGGGAAGGAACAGACGACGACCCACGUGACUGGGCAGCAUAGGGACGGAACAGACAGCGACCCACGUGACUGGACAGCAUAGGAGGGGAACAGUCGACGACCCACGUGACUGGGCAGCAUAGGGGAGGAACAGACAACGACCCACAUGACUGGGCAGCAUAGGGAACAGACGACGACCCACGUGACUGGGCAACAUAGGGAAGGAGAAGACGACGACCCACGUGACUGGGCAGCAUAGGGAAGGAACAGACAGCGACCCACGUGACUGGGCAGCAUAGGGAAGGAACAGACAGCGACCCACGUGACUUGGCAGCAUACGGAAGGAACAG